AUGAUCACCUCCCUUUGGGGAUCCGGUGAGGUGGGGCCCUUAUGCCUGGUGUUGCCUCAAGGAUUCCUACCCGGGGAGAAGCAAGCUGAGCUCGCAAAGCGCUUUGGACCCGAUGUCUACUUUCUGUCAUCUGGCCGGUCCACCCACUUCAUGAAUGCUGAGUGUGUAGUGGCUUUCUUUGAGACGAUCCUAGCAGAUGCCUUUGAAAGGCGAAGAGCUCGAUUGGCUGAAAGGUAUGCAAAAAGUUUCCUAGAUGAGUGGGGUGUGCUUCUGUGUGACUCCUUCACAGGUCAUCACUCAACCUCCGAAGGGGUCGACAUCCAGCGAGAGCUUUUUUCCAAGACGACCCGCGUGGUGCUGCCCGAGAGGCAACCCGGCGGGUGGAGUGCCCGAGGGCAGCCUUGCGAUGCCAUCCAUGCGCUUUUGCGAAAGAACAUGAACACAUACCUGGAGACAUGUCUGGGUUACAGGUCAGGCCUGAUGUCUAGGGCUACUGAGACUCCUGUGUUGAUGAGCAACGGCAAUGUGCACCUAGCUGUGAGUCAUGAAGAUUCUGUGCUUUCCUGCAUCUAUGGGUGGCAGCGCAUGGCUAAGAAGCAGAAGGUUCUGAGGUGGGCGUGGCUGUCGAGGGGUAUGGCAUCCAUCGAAGAGAUGUGUGAAGUCGCUCCCGGUGAAGUCACACCAGAAGGUCUCAAGUCAGAAAUGGAAGAGUGCGAAAAACAUGUGGAGGAUGGCGAAUGGGAAGCGGGCAUCGAUGAGGUUUUCUCCCGGCCAGACGUGAACAGAACCAUGUUCAUUUGGCAGGUUGAGGUUGCCACAGAAGACUCUGAUGUAGAAGAUGAUUGGGAAAAAGAGGAUUCUGCAUGGAGGUGUCUUCCACAACACUGGCAGACUGUCUUGAAUGCCCGUUUGGCUCAAUAUCAGUCCUCUCUUCAAGACGCCCAGGCUCUUUAUGAGUAUCGUGUUGAAACCUUCGGUGCAAACGAUGUGAAAACCAAAAAUGCGAACCAGAAGCUCGUGGACCUUCAGUCUGGGAAGGGUGCGCGUUCCAUCGUUUUGAUGCUCAAGGGCAGUGGGAAGGAGGUUGGGCAGGAAGUCUACAGGAGGACUGUGCAGAAUGACAAUGGUGAGCUGAAAGUUUCGGUGUCUAACAAAAUCCAGGCUUAUCAGCUAUGCGUGGAUUCCAUGAAGCUAUCGACCCUCUCUGAUCCCGUGGUAGAGAGGCAGCUUAGGAUUGUUUCCGUCACUGGCUUUAGCAGAGAGCUUCAGGAAGUGCGGCUUCACCUAGAUGUUGCUUCGCUCCAAUCCAGCAAUCUCAUGGAGGGCUUCAAGUUUUCCAAUUCUUCAUCUUCUUCUGGGAAAAAUGGAUCAACAGAGGAGGUCCAGAAAACUGGUGGGAUGGAGGAGCCAGGUGAUGUGGCAGUGCUUGAGGAUGAGUUUGAAGCUGCUGAGGACGGAUUGAAUGCCAUCAUCGGCGCGAACCCUGCUGACUUUGCUGAAGCUGGUGUGGAGGCCGACAAGGGGUGUCGUUUGGCGAUGCGACGGAAGAGGCUUCUGUUGACCUUUUUGGUGGUGCCGGAGGCCAGUAUGUCAUGGCUGCGCAUCAUGACGUUGAGCGGAUGCAACAAGUCCUGGUCUCUCUUCAGCGACUUCAUCAACCAGGAGGCCUCAGACGAGAUCCAGGCCUUCUUUUCCUCGCGUCCUCCCGGCGUGGUGCGGGCGUUGGUGAUGCGUCAUGCCAUGGGGUCACACAACACCUAUGCAGGCAUAGGUAGCCUCGUGAGCGAAGACGCAGAGAUCAACGAGACCGGGGAGGCACAAGCCACUGCAGUUGCCGAGAAGCUGAGAGAGGCGGGCGUCUUUCACGAGAUCCAGCUGGCGGUGAUUUCCCCCUUCACCCGAGCGCUGCAAACGGCCUUGAGGGUUAUCCCGCAGGAGCUGCUGGAUGGCGAAAACGAAGGCAGCCAGAAACUGCCCACGUUGGUACACCCUCUGUGCGCAGAACAGACGUUCGUGCAUUCGCACGUGGGGCGCGGCAACCGCGGCUCCACAGUGGAGGAAUUGUCUCGAUCGCCUGAAUUCAGUUUGUUCGAUUGGAAAGAUGUUGAAACCUAUUGUGAAAAACAUCGCGUGAACGCUGGAAAAUGGUGGCAUCACGGGCCGCAUCCAGAGGAAACUGAGAGUUCCUUUCAGCGCCGAGCCGUGCGGUUGAAGAAAUGGUUGGGUUCCCUCCAAGAUACCUGGGGCGAUCUGAACCUCAUUCUGGUUUCCCAUGGAGGCGUGAUGCAGGCGGCCUUCGAUUACCAACCGCAUCCGCCGAACUGUGCCUUCAGAGUUUACGACCUGCAACGAGAUGGAAGAUGCAAACACGUGGCCCGAAACGAGGAAGUGAAUCCCAAUCACCUUCUGGCAGAGCCGCACUUCGCGGUCUGCUCGGUGCGGCGCCUGCCAGACAAGAUGAAUGGCAGCACGGUCUUUGGCGUCGAAGUCGAUAUGGAGGAGGGACUCUUCAUGUUGAACCUCAGUGAAAACGCCCUCAGGGAGAAGCUCCACGACCCCGUGAAGGCUGCGCUCAGUGCAGAGCUCUACGAGCGCUUUGGCCUGGCUGGGCUCUUUCCCAGUUGGUGGUCCUGGCUCAAUCGCGCGCGAGCGGACCUGUCCAUCUACAUUCAGGAUUACCUGGAGCAACUGGCACUGGCGAUGGGUCAAGAGGACUUUCCUUGGUCGGUCGCAGAGCUGGUCCAUCAGGUGCUUCUGGAGGGCCGGGUCUCCGAACUUCCCGAUGAUAUGGCUGAGCAAGCACAGGAGCCGCUGCCGGAAGCUCCAGAAGCUCCAGCGUCUGCCGGCGAAGAAGCAACUCAGGCCGAAGAGGCCGAAAAUGCCGCCGAGUGCAAGGUAGGCUGAGGACCCCGGCUCUUCUCAAGGAUGCAGCCGCGGCGAGAGCC